AGUUGCCUGGUAUUUUUUAAACAAGGUUUAUUUGAUAACUUAGGUAAAGCAUCAAGAUCCGGAACUGCAACAUAAACUAUUAUAUCGACUGUACGUCAAUUGUAAACUAAACUAACAUGAAAAUAACCCUGCGUUUCUAUUGUUAGUGUUCAAUGAACUAUUAUCUGGAAUAGCAAUGAAGUAGACGGGCAAGCGCGUUUUAAAAUAUGAGCAGCACUUGAAGGCAGCAUUAUUGAAGACUCCUGCUCCCCACCCCCCUACCCUCCUCUGUGCACAAGCAUAUUCACCCUGCGGGCUCGGUGGGGCUGGGAAGAGGUGGUGGGGGUUAGGGUGAUGAGGAAACGAGUUGAUGUGCCCUGGAAGUAAUCCCCCACCCCCCACCACCACAGCCGAAAAAAAGAAAAAAAAAGAAGAAGAAGAAAAAAGGGGUAAAAGAAAGCGCAAGGUGGGAGAAGCGGGACUCCCACAGUACCACCGUUAGCCUUGAACACGUGGGGAUCCGGGCGCAUCCACCUUCAUGCUGAUGUGCUGCUGUCCGCUUCCUCCAUGGUGACACUUGUUGACACUGUUAAACAGAAGGAAAACAAUCGGAAAUUGCAGAAGUUAUUCAAGCAGCCUCUGUUUUUCUAGGCAGAUACUUCUUCUUAUUCUCCUUCUUGUUCUUUUAAACAAUUUAACAAUCGACAUUUAUUUAUUUUUAAUACAAUAAAAACUUUGUGUGUAUGCGCAAAAGACAAGUGUUAACUUUUGUAAGUGAUGGAAACCAGAGUAUUCCGUUGUUAAAGAGUUUAUGAAACUGAGAUGACACCGCGGUCAUUAUGAAUAUACACUGAUUCCUGUUAUUACGCUUUGUUCAUAAUUUCAAGUAUAACAAAUAAACACCAAAAAAACCCGACAUUUAAUGAGGAGAACAUUCAUUGUUCAUGUAGUAGCCGAGUCGGUUUGCCACCAGAGAAAAGCUUAGUAUUGAUCUCAUUUGUGUUCGCACUCAGAGACAACACGAAGGGUGAAAACACAAAGCCAGCUAAAUUAAACUAAACAAAUAAAGAUAGCGCCAUUUCAUCAAUGCCAGUCCUGGGAUUUUAUCAAACAAUGUGCAAUGUUAAUAACUGCAAAAAAAGCCUAGAAAGUUAUUAGAAACAUUGACAUAUUGUCUGUCAAACCUUGACAAUAUUAAAUCAAUUCAGGUCAUAUUUGAAAAUUGGCUCCGCAAUAUUAUAUGAUUAAAAAUACAUUUCGGUUUUUCUUCUAUUUGAGAAUUGAAAUGUUUUUCCAGAGGUCCAGUCUGCGGGCCUACAGACUGCACGUGAGCAACAGAGAUGUACCGCUGGUCACUGGGAGGACUGGCUGCAGGCUGCUGCUGAAACCAGUAAGCUGUCCCUGGUUCAAAAAAAAAAAAAAAAAAAAAAAAAAAAAGUUUGUGAAAGUGGCCUGACGUCACACUCCCACAAUGCUUACCGCCCCAUAACUCCGCUGCAGCCUGAGGGGAGCCAGACUGACUCUCAGGCCCCGAAUAUAACAAAAAUAUUGAAAAAAAUAGGAAAAAAUUAUUAAAACACGCGAUCGAGGGCAGAAAAGAGCGGGGAGCGGUGGCGUGGGCUCUCCCACGGCGGGUUUGUGGUCCGGUCCGGGAUGGAAGGUUGCCGGGGCUCCAUGUGAGAUUGACUAAUGCGGUGCUGGAAACUUUUUGAACAAUAAAAAUGCAGAGCAGUGUUUCCCACUCACCGCCAACCAUAGCUGUUGGGACUGGGUGAGGAGGAGAGAGCAAGAGUGAAGAAGAGGAACGACUGACGCAGAGUAAGAGAAGGAAAGUGCAAAGACAAGAGAAGGACAAGUCAGAUUUUAACAGAUUUUGGCUUACUCUGAUGUUUCCACUGGAUCACUGGCCCUUCCUGUGAGCUUCUUUUCAACAAACCCCUUAGAACUUCCCACUCGAGCCUGCAGGGCAGGGGAGCCACACGUGAAUUUUCAUGGCAGCGGCACUCUAAGGCUGCCAUGGCAGCUGCUGCCGCCGAUGCCUCACACCAUAUUACCGCACUGACGCCGGAGGAAGAGGGACAACGGACUGCCACCAAGCUGUUUGGUAGUGCCGCCCCACUACCACGGACAGAGAGAGAGCGUGAGAGGGGGAAAGAGAGAGAGAGAGGGAGGGAAGAAGAAGGAGAAGAGGUCGGGAGAGCAGGUGGUACUGAGUGUUUGGUGUGUGGAGCCCUGUUCACCUCGCAGGAGAAGCUCCGGCUCCACAACUUGAGUCACACAGGAGAGAAACCCUUCCACUGCUCACAGCCACACUGUCCCAAGGCCUUCAGCUCGAAAUACAAACUCUUCAGGCAUAUGGCCACACACUCUCCACAGAAGACCCAUCAGUGCUCGUUCUGUGAGAAAAUGUUUCACCGAAAAGACCACCUGAAAAACCACCUGCAGACCCAUGACCCCAACAAGGAGGCCUUCAAGUGUGAGGAGUGUGGGAAGCACUAUAACACCAAGCUGGGAUAUAAGCGCCACGUGGCCAUGCACUCUGCCACAGCAGGGGAUCUCACCUGUAAAGUGUGCAUGCAGACCUAUGAGAGCACGCCCGUACUCUUGGAGCAUCUCAAGAGCCACUCUGGGAAGUCCUCGGGUGGCACCAAGGAGAAGAAACACCCUUGUGACCACUGUGACCGUCGUUUCUACACGAGGAAGGAUGUGAGACGGCACAUGGUGGUCCACACGGGCCGAAAGGACUUCCUUUGCCAGUACUGUGCCCAACGAUUUGGCAGGAAGGACCAUCUGACACGCCAUGUGAAGAAGAGCCACUCGCAGGAGCUGUUGAAAAUUAAGACAGAGCCUCCUGAUAUGUUAGGUCUUUUAGCUUCUGGGUCGCCACCUUGCUCUGUGAAGGAGGAGCUCAGCCCCAUGAUGUGUGGCAUGGGUCCCAACAAAGACCCCAUGAUGGGAAAACCGUUCCCCAGCGGGGCUCCUUUUCCAAUGGGGAUGUACAAUCCCCACCAUCUCCAGGCCAUGUCUAAUUCUGGGGUAGCUCACCCACACCCGUCCCUGAUGCCCAGUUCCUUGUCUGCAGCUAUGGGCAUGGGCUGUCACAUGGAAUCCCCUGGAUCCCUUCACCCACACUCCCAUCACCAUCACCAUCACCACCAUCAUCACCACCACCAUUCCCCUCCACUGCCACCACACCACCAACCUCCGGCUCCCCAGCAGCAGCACCAGCCCCAGCCAGCCCCCAAAUACCAGCUGGGAUCUACCUCAUACCUGCUGGACAAGCCCUUGAAAGUGGAGAUGGAGAGCUUCCUCAUGGAUCUGCAAAGUGGCUCGCCAGGCCCGAUUCCCUCUGCAGAACCCCACGCUGCUGCCUCACCCCCCAAGGACGGACUGGAGCCCACCUCGGGCCUGGUGGAUGAGCUUUGUGGAGAUCCCCUCCUGUCCAAGAGCCCUGCGGUGAUCGCUGAGUCUCUGUGUGCUGCUAACAUGGACUUCUCCCACCUGCUGGGGUUCCUGCCCCUCAACCUGCCUCCUUACAGCAACCCCAUGAGCACAGGAGGGCUGGUGAUGGGCUACACCUCAUCUGCGACCUCCUCUUCAUCUUCCAUAUCCUCUUCCUCAUCUCUGCAUGCUGCCGAGCCCCAUGCUGCAGUAGUCGCCGCAGCAGCAGCUGCCGUCGCUACAGCACCUCUUACCUCUUUGCAACCGCAACCUCAGGAGCAGCAGAGCUCCAGUGGGGGUCUGGGUCUUGGACCCCUGCACCCCCUCCCAUCAGUGUUCAGCUCCAGCCUUAGUACUACCACACUGCCUCGUUUCCACCAGGCCUUCCAGUGAGAGAGUCAGUCCUCGGCCAGCCCUGUCCAGCCAAGAUGGUCUCGACACCAUCCACAGCUCAGAUCAGCUCUGCAUGGAUAUUUCUGACUGUGGUUCUUCACAGGGCAUGAUCAAAAAGGUGGAGAAUUAGAAUAAAUAAAUACACAAAUGAACACUUAGCCUUAAAAGAAAGCGCACAAAAGCUUUUGAUUAAGCCCUAAAAGGAAGUUAAACCCCUUUGAUCAAAAGGAAAAGGUGAGAAAAUUAGUUGAAGUAGCUUUUAUUGGGCUUUUUCUUCCUAUCAUGUAGUUACAUAGCAAUGUAUUAACCCAUCUUUUUUAAAUUUCCAGUUACUUCGCCUUUUACCCCCCCCUCCAUCCCCUAUUUAGUAGUAUAGAGGGCAGGAUCAGUAGGCUAAAAGACAUGGUACUGCAUACUUUAUAAAGUAAUAAUAUUAAAAAAAUUCAAGAUAAUUUUAGUGAAGAUUAUCUGUCUUGUUGUGACCCAGAAAAAUAUAGUUUGAAGUGGAUAUUGUGUUUUACUUUAUUUUAUUUUCCAAAUGUAAGAACAUGGUAGAAUCUGUCUUCUUAUAAGUUUUGAACCACCUAAUAACCGAAACUAUCAUGAUCAGUAUGAAAAGGGAAGAAAUCAGUGAAGGAAUGAAGACAUGUAGACGCUGAGUCAACAAUCUAACCUGAACUCUAAAAUCUCCCCUCAGAUGGUGAGGAUAUAGCCACAAAAGCUAGCCUGUCUCUAAAAAAGUGUUCUUCAAACAAGAAAAAGAAGUAGAUGGAUGUCAUUAUUUUCUUGUAUCUGUCACUGAUAUGCUCCUAGAGUCAGGUCAGUUUGAAUGGAAACACUCACUAAAUGAAAAAUUCACUUUUAUCAUAUGAUUAGCUUCCAAAAAUAUAGACCAGUCACAUACAUUGCCACACAUUUUAAAGAAAAGAGAAAAAAAAACAAAGCAAGAAAUGUGAAAAUGUGUGAGUUUGUUGAAAAUGAUGUAAAAUCACGCUGUUCCUCAAGAGAAGCACUUUUUUUUGCAGAAGGCACUUCACCUUUAGGAAUCUCCUUGGGAAACCAUUUGUCUUUGCCUGAGACAAAGACUCUCCUCACUCUCCUUCCUUCACUUAUCUUCUUUAGAACAGUUUAAUCUCUAAAAGUCCCCAUGGUAAUGAUAACUGCAGCUGUUUCUUGGCUGCCCAACUCACCUAAAAUCUAUAUAUUUUUUUUCGAGUGAAAUACCGACACAUGUUUAGGCAGUCUUUGAAAAAGCUGCACCAUCAUGGUAAUAAUGAACCCCGACAUAUGUGAAUGGCAAAAAACAAAAGAAUUUCAGUGACAGAUGAGGAAAAAUGUGUAAAAGAAUGUUAUUGCAGUGUACGAAAUAUCUCAAAAAUGAAUAUUAUUAUUGCUUUUAUCUCAGUAAGGUGUAUUUUAGGUAGAUGUAUUAAUACUAAGUGAUGAUGUUUUUUGAUGUCUGGCAGGUUUACAUUUGUGUGUAUCUUGCAUUUUUGAUCAAACAAAUGGAUGAAGUAUUAGCUUUUCCCCUUAAGCUUUCUCUGUCAUAUCCAAUCUUUACUUGUACUUGAGUUAGUAUAGUGGAAUCAGAACUGUGGAUAGGAAGUUUCUAUAGAGGGCUGUUAGUGGCUUAAUAAUCAGUUAGGAUUUGAACUAGAUAGAUUUUGUCAUAGGGAUGCUGAAAUGGAUGGCCUAUGAAUCUAUGAAUAUAGGCCUUUAUUCAGUGGAAUACGUAAUGAAACCCCAGCAGAUUUCACUCCAAGCUCAGUGCUUUUGGAUUGUUUUUGAGUUUAGAUCCUUUCUAACCUCACCACCAGCCUAUAAAAACCUGAGCCCAAAGUUAACCUAAGCCUCAAAUUGAAAUAGGUGCUUUUUAUCUAGUGUUUUGUCUUUGGCAUGACCAACAUAAUUGGCAUAUCCAUAGCUAUCCUUAACGUUGUGCAUAAAUGUUGUUCCAGUCAUAGAUGAAGACAGGCACAGGCGAUCCUGAACCGCCAUUAUACGUUGAGUGAAAAUGAAAAAACAAAGUAAAAAAAAACAAAAAAAAACAAAAAAAAACAGUAAAGACAUCGCACAUAAAAAAACAAACAAAAACGUAUUGCUGCUUUUAGCUACGGUUGCCAAUGGACGACAACUGUAGACCACUAGAACAUUUCAAUUUCUUGUCAGGUGGACAGUGAGCUGAAAACAUGCACAAACUGAACCGACAUAGUGUUCAUCAUGCCCAGGCCCCAUCCCCUCUGUACUCCUUCUGCUCUCUCUGCUGCUUUUUAGGGUUAAAGGAAAAGGGUCUGAAAAUACAGCGAUAACCGGAAGAACGCAGUCACCGAAUCCCCAGGCUUUGACAUUCAAAGCACAGCGGGCAACAUGACUGACUGCACAACUCGGGGUAUUGCUCAUAGUCAUUUAUUUGUUUUGUUUGUUGUCAUAUGAUAUAUUAUUUUCUGUUUGUGUAAAACAGGACCUCGAAAAACAACACAACACAUCACCUCAUUUUUAUUUGUUUUACUUUUCUUACCAAAACCUGGGGAGAAGAAACUACAUUUUUGCACAAUUGCUUGUUACAAAUUGCUACAAGUGUCAUAUGAUUUUUGAUGCUGCAGGGUAUGAAACCCCGAUAAUGAGCAGCAGAUAGUGUGGUAGACAGUUGAAUAUUCCACUUGGGAGAUAAGAGCAGCUGAAAAUUCAGAAUCAGCAAGCACUAAUGCAGAAAAAAAGCUUCUGUACAGUCUGACUGUCCUGAACUAAUCUGAGAUUUAUUUUACAAUUAUUAUUAGUAGUCUGACCUGGAAAGUCAUUAUUUUGAUAAUGACAAUUGUAAAAUGAUCAAACUUUUUAUUGAUCCUAAAUAAACAAACUGUGGGCACCUUUUUAAAAAUUUACAUAAUAUGUAAAAAAAAAAAAAAAGAAAAAAGAAUAAAAAUAAAAAAAGGGGCAAGAUUUGAAUUUGAUCUUUAUUUUGAGUUUUAAAAAAGAUUGUUUUUAAGAAAAACCCUCUUGGCUUAAGCCAAAUUUGUAGCAAUCAAAUUGAGCAUUUAUAUUUUUGUAACAAACAUCAUGUAGUCCUACAUAAAGAAAAGUUAAGGAAAAGCUUUUGGCAUGUAUUGAGUUUGUCCUCCCUGGGUUUCUGUGAGCUAAUCUGAAUUCUAGCACUUUCAACCUUUAAAAAAAAGAGUAUUUUUUCUUUUAAAAUUUCAGCUGAUAUGUUCAUAUGUUUUUAAUUUUUUUAUUGAUCCUGUAUAUGUUUGUCCAUUUAGUUUGAUGUGUAGACCUUUGUGUAUUUCUCUUCUCCAAAAGAAUAACAGUAUUUUUGAUAGACUUAACUAAUAUCCUUCUACAUAAGAGCCCCCUGCCCCUCCCUCUUUGAAACAUUUUUGUUUUUGGGUAAGCCUUGCCUUGUCUCCCAAAUCUAUUACAUCAAACUCUGUAGCCAAGUGCUUGAAGAGAACAGCAACAACAAAUCUGUCAUUCUGAGGUGUUGAGAAGCAAGAUUGGUGCGAGUAGUGUGAAAGCAAAAACCUGACCAUAACCUGCCAUUGACUGACUGUGAAACAGAUUCAUUUUCACAUGCCACUUUCAGACCGUUUUAGACAACUGAACAAAAUAAGGUGAGUUGUGACCCCAAAAUAGAGCACUUAGAUCCUCAGUCACUGAACUGGUUGCCCCUGCCAAAAAGAUGAGCUGCAUGCAAGAAUCACAUGUUCUGUUAUCCAGUGCCAACUGGGUAACUCAAAUGUAGCUUUAAGUUAAUGUUUCCAAACAUUAAGUAAGUAAAAAGAGAUUUUCUGUAUUAAUUCAUUUUGGGAUUUUUUUAGGAUAGAAGUGAAAAGUUGAACAUGCAGGUGUGGUCAGGUCGUACUUGUAGCUGUUAAUCACUGACAACAGCAGAUCUUUAGCCUGUUGGACCACCUGAGCUCGUAUUGAGGUUUGCAGAGGUGUUUCCAAGUCAUUCAUCGCAGAGGUCAGCUAGAGCCUGUGGAAGGACUUACCAUGAUGUGCAAAGAAGCCUAUUCCCACGAACAAUUAACACAUGAUUAAUCACACCUGACUUAGUAUCUCGUAAUUCAUGAUACUUUUUGUUUUAUGAAAUUGACAUUUUUAAUUAUCAUCAUCAUUUAGAUUUAAUAUGUGAAAACUUUACUAGCUUUUACUCCAAAUUAAAGUGAAACUCUUGGCAAAAAUCAACCUAGGCUUUAUUUGUGAAUGUAUAUGAGUCAAACCUUCGUGUAAAAGCUUGAUUACUAUUAAUUAUUAUUAAUUAAGAGGCAUUUCUAAAAAGCAAGAAGGAGAGUAAUGGUGGACCGCUCCUCAAGCCUUCCUGUUAGGUCGCACUUGGGGACUGACACUUUUUGUCUGCCAUGACGGCGGCGUGCCGAAGAUACAGCUGCUAACAUGAGUUGUUCAGAAAC